CGUCAUGCAAGCCACCGCUUGCUGUGGGUGGAGGUGCCGUUAUGCUUGCGCGUUAGGCUGCAUCCACUAACACGGCUCAGAACGGGUCUUCUUGACCAUCAACCGUUAUGCUGUCGCAAGGCAGCCUUCUUUAAAAAGAUGGCUCGACGUGCUCACUUUCUUGUCUGCUUCAAUCCAGUUUCCAGUAUCAGUUUCUGAGUGCAUCUCUUAAUUUGACAGUCCCAUCAGCCGCAUAUCCAAAAGAAAUCACAAUACUCGCACCAAGUCCACAUCGUUCUCGUUAACACCCCCCCCCCCUUCUUCCAUAGACAAUAACACUUCAGUCUCCGUACGUUACUACUCUGCCACCAAAAGUCAUGGCGACAUCCCGCGCCUGGACCUUCACAGCCCGCGGCAGCCCCCGCUCCGUCCUCUCCCUCGUCUCGCUCCCGGCACCCACCCUCCCGCCGGCGUCUUCCCUCCUCGCCAAAGCGAAAUCCGUACCUGACGCCGACGACGGUAACGAAUGGCUCCUCGUCAAAGUCGCCUAUGCGGCGCUAAAUCUGGGUAGUCGACUCUACAUCACCAUGCUCCCCGCCGUCGCCCGCGCGAAGACGGCUGUCCCGGAGCUCGACUUGAGCGGGACCGUUGCCGGUGUGUGGGGCCCCGGGACCGGGCCUGGCUCUGCUUCCGGCCCAAACAGCGUAAUGACAACACACAACAGCCGGUUCGCCAAGGGCGACCGCAUCGCAGCCUUUAUCCCCGUGUCUUAUGGCUGGCCGACCGGGACCGGCGCCCUAGCCGAACACGUCGUCCUCCCCGCGCGCUACGCCGUGCCCGUGCCUUCCCACGUCCCGCUCCGGGACGCCAGCAGCGUGCUGACGGCCGGGUGCACCGCCGCAGUGACUCUGCGCGCUGCGGCAAUGAAGAAGGGGGAUAGGGUUCUCAUCAAUGGGGCUAGCGGUGGCAUCGGGUCUCUCGCGGUGCAGAUGGCCCGCGCAGCCGUCGGACCCGAGGGGUACGUCGUCGGCGUGUGUUCGGGACGCAAUGCCGAGAUGGUUCGGGGCCUGGGCGCCGACGAGGUCGUGGAUUACACCUCUUCUUCGUCCCCCGUGUCCAAGACUCUGCGGCAGAGGUUUGGUAAGGAGGGGAAGCAGUUCGAUGCGGUUGCGGAUUGUAUCGGCGUGCAGGACAUUUAUGCGAACUGCGCAGAGUACCUCGUACCCCGGGGGGUUUAUGCCGCAGUCGGGAUCAAGCCCGCGACGAACUCGUAUGGUGGAUUUGUGAAGGCGGUCUGGCACAUGCAGAUGAACGCCCUCUGGCCCCUUGCGACUUGGUUGGGCGGCACAGGCAGACGGUGGGCGGCGACGACCAUGAUGGACCCUGGCAAGGCGCUGAUGGAGGAGGUUGUGGGUAUGCUGGCGGACGGGAGGAUCAAGGCCGUCUUUGAGAGGGAGGUCGGGUUCGAGGAGGUUGUGGAUGGGUACGAGAUCGUCGGGAGCGGGAGGGCGAGGGGUAAGGUCGUCGUCAAGGUCAAUGGUGAGUGA